AUGUCUGCUACUCAUACCAGCACGGUGGUCAACAUAGAAACAGAAACUGACGAUGGAAGUCUUGAGGUUCUACAACAAAGUUACAGGCAGAACGAGCCAAUGGCUAGUCAAAGCAGCAGUCCUGCGAAAUCAAGCCUCGCUGGGAAUAAAAAUGUGUCACCCACAAAGGGUCCACAUAAGAGAGUUUGUGCUGAUGCAACCAAAGUUGCAUCACUAGGUGUUAAUGCAAGUAAAACUGGACAGCACCUGCACCCCUGUAAAAAAAACAAGGGUUCAGGGAAACAUAGCAAGUUGGAAGACUAUCAAGGUGAUGCUGAAUUGAGGAGACUGCAAACACCAACCAACUUAUUUGAAGAUGAAUGUGUUUUCUGCCAUUCAUUUAGAACCAGUGAGAAUUUUCAUGGUCCCAUAGUCCUGUAUCGAAAGGGAAGGAUUGUGUCCAGUGAUGAGGGCGUUCCAAAAAAUGCCAUCUAUGUUCAUAAAGAGUGCAUGGACUGGGCCCCAAGAGUGUGUCUUGUUGGCGAUGAUAUUGUUAACAUGGAGAAGGAAAUCAGCCGUUCAUCAAGAUUGAAAUGCAGCAGAUGCAAGCUUCCGGGGGCAGCUCUUGGCUGUUAUCACCACCCCUGCCCCAAAAAUUAUCAUGUUCCAUGUGCAGUGAUGAUCCCAGAAUGCCGCUGGGAUAUGAAAAAUCGCCAUGUUUGGUGCCCCAAGCAUGCAUCUGAUCCAUUACCAUGUGAUGUAACGAGCUCACCAAUAAUGGAAAGUGGCAUUACUUCUCCCAUCCUUCAAAACCAAUACUCAGAUAAACAAGGAAUGUCUGUCAUUCAUAUAAGGGAAAAUCAACAAGUAGAUCAACUGAACACUUCAAGUUUUUCUUCCUUGCCUCAGGGCCAAUGUUCAGGCAAAGGACUUAGACUACUAACAAAGGGAUACAGCCAAUGUUCCGGUUACCGGAGAGAAGAAAAACAAAUGAACCAGUCAAGAACCCUUGUGAACGAAAAGGUCCUGCUUGGUUCAGCUUUAAGUGCAUCACAGAAGGAUUCUCUCAAAAAAUUUGCUUCCUUGACCAAUUCAACCUUGGUUGAGGAAUGGGACAAAAAUGUGACUCAUGUUAUUGUGGACAGAAGUGCGGGUAUCAUAUGUGGCAGGUCAUAUGAGGUCCUGAUGGCGAUACUCUCUGGAAAAUGGGUUGUCAGAGCUGAAUGUUAUGGACCAAAGAAAGGAAGAGCUGGAGCAGCUGAAGGGGCACCAAAGCUUUUCUCGGGGCUGCAUUUCUUCCUCAGCGCGUACAUGGACCUGGAACUCAGGGAAAACCUAGAAAAUCUCAUAUCAGCCGCCGAAGGGAAGGUCCUGGAGGCACAGGAGAGUGCGUGCGAAAAUCCCGCCAAGGUAUACUUCGUCUACGGUGGCGGCCCUCCAAGAGAUUUCGCUGCCACUUUACUUGUUCACAAGGAGAUAGAGGAGGCACGGAACUAUGCGGCAUGGGGAGCGCAGGUGAUCUGCCACCUUUGGCUGUUUGAUGCCAUCACGUCUUACGAUGUGCGGAUGCUGGAACGGAGUUAUCGCGAGGGCCGCUAG